AUGGCGGCAGAUCCAACAGAGCGCGAGAUGACGGGGCCAGACGAGGGACCAGCCGAGGGAGAGAACCCCCGAGGAGAGGCGGAGCAGUCUGCGGCAGUCCACCGGGGGGCGAGAGGCGACCAGAGCCCCGAACCUGUGCUUCCGGCACCUUUUUCUUUGUGUAAUGAUCCUUGUGAGGCAGGACACAGCAAGGCCAAGAAAGAAGGGGAGCCGUUUUGCUGCUAUGAUUGUCUUCUGUGUCCAGAGGGGAAAAUAUCAAAGGAAAAGGAUACGGAUGACUGCUCUCCAUGUCCUGAAGAUUAUUAUCCAAACUCUGAAAGAAAUAUAUGCAUUCCAAAGCGUAUCACUUUUUUGUCCUAUGAAGAACCCAUGGGGAUCAGUCUCACUGUUCUUUCACUUUGUUUUUCUUUUAUGACAACUUUAGUAGUUACAAUCUUCAUUAAACACAAAAAGACUCCCAUUGUCAAAGCCAACAACCGGAAUCUCACCUACAUUCUUCUUGUUUCACUCCUUCUCUCUUUUCUUUGUGUGUUUCUAUUUAUUGGGAGACCUGAUGAGAUUGUGUGUCUCCUUCGACAACCAGCUUUUGGCCUCAUCUUUUCUGUGGCAGUCUCUUGUGUAUUGGCCAAAACCUUUGUUGUGGUUCUAGCAUUCAUGGCCACCAAACCUGGUUCAAGAAUGAGGAAAUGGGUGGGUGGAAGAAUAGUCAGUUUCAUUCUUUUUUCCUGCUCCCUUAUUCAAGCCAGCCUUUGUGCUGCAUGGCUGAUAAUGUCCCCACCAUACCCAGAUUUUGAUGUGCACUCAAUGUCUGAAAAAGUCAUGAUGGAGUGCAGAGGAUCAGUCACUAUGUUCUACUGUGUCUUGGGCUUUAUGGGUUUCCUGGCCAUGGUUAGCUUCUCUGCUGCUUUUCUAGCUAGGAAGUUACCGGACAGUUUCAACGAGGCCAAAUUUAUCACCUUCAGCAUGUUGGUCUUCUGCAGUGUUUGGCUGUGUUUUGUUCCAACGUAUCUAAGCACCAGAGGAAAAUAUAUGUUGGCUGUGGAGGUCUUCUCCAUGAUCUCCUCCAGUGCUGGCUUACUGGUGUGUAUCUUCUUUCCCAAAUCUUUUAUCAUUGUGAUAAGACCUGAACUGAACAAUAAGCAUCAGCUGAUGAAAAGAAGGAUUUAA